AUGUUGCAUCCUCCACGUGACGAUGAUAAGCUGCUCUCUGCGCUCGAUGUGAUGUUCUCGAAGUACUUCGAGGAGAAAGACGAUCCAUCCAAGGGGAAGAGCCCGGAGGGGAAGUUCUGGGGGACGUACAUGCGGGCCAUGAAGGAUGAGGAUGAACAACGACCGAGGGACUGGGAUGGAAGUACGGGCAGUAUCCUAACCUUCAGCGGUCUGUUUGCUGCUACCGUCGCGGCCUUCGUCAUCGAGAGCUCUCACUCGCUUUCACCGGAUUCAGGAGACCAGACUGUUUAUAUCCUUUCCCAACUCUUAAAUGCCACGACCAAGGCGUCAACGAAUUCAGUGAUGGGUGUAGCAUCCCCCGAACCGUUCCGGUUACAGAUUUCGGCCGUUCUUGUCAAUGUCCUGUGGUAUUGCAGCCUCUUGAUUGUGUUGGCAUGUGCGCUUCUGGCCACCCUUGUUCAGCAGUGGUCUCGCGAAUAUACUCGCGACAUUCAGAGGCGAGUCGUGCUGGACGAGAGCCUUGUCAGUCGGGCUUAUAACCACGUGUACAUCCGCAUGGGCGUUGACCGCUACGGCAUGGACGAAGUCGUCAACUUGCUUGUUUCCCUCGUACACCUGUCCGUGAUUCUAUUCGCCGUUGGGCUCAUGUUAUUCCUCUUCCCGCUCAACUCCAUCGUUGCGUGGUGCAGUUUGUCUGUGCUGCUUGUGUUCGGGCUUGCAACGCCGUUGACGUAUCCGCUCGCCUUCGGACAUUGGCUUCUAGGUCGCAUGUCUCAUUACGUUCAUGAUACAUUGCUGCAGAAAGACAUGUCAUCGCUCGUAGAAGCAUUCUUGGCAUGGUGCGUCUCAGUGUUGCCUCCAGCAUCUACGCAGGUGGCCCCCAAGAGACGUGCAGUAUAUUUGUAUGACGAAGAUGACACGUUCUUGUCCGUGAUGCGCUUCAAGUUUGCCUGGCUUCACACGAGCCGCCAGAUGUUCGAUGGAGAUUUCAAAGCCUUGCUUCAGUUCGUGAUGACAAGAUUGGCAUCCAUGUCAGAGGAUCUGCGCGAAGAGUGUAUACUUCAUCUCACAGGGGACGAGCAGUUGAGAACCCGUUUUCGUCCCAUUGGAUCGUACUGGCUCGGAUCUUCGGACUACGAAGCAGAUGUGAUGAGCUAUCAGAUGUGUUGCAUACUGUUUCAGAGGUUCUACGAUGGUCAUCAAAGCGCGAGCCUGUAUGAGCGAGAUGACAUGGCUUUGAGGCGAUACCUUCAAGUUGUGCUUUCAGGCGCGACGACUUCCUCGAUCACUGCAUAUAGCGCCAUGUCGACCCUUCGCACGCGCUUGUGUUUGUUCUACAUGCGCUGGUAUCUCCUUAUCGCCCUCGUUGAUGUCGGAGUUGAUGGGCACGUCAUGGAAUGGGACGUCGUGCAGAUGAUGUCGUACAUCUUCCAAGGUCACGGAGAAAAGAAUGAGAUGGAGGCUGCAGGGGAUGAGCUGACCUCCCAGACAUACCAUCGAAUCAUUGGCAGGCCAUGGACAUUGCUUCGCCUGCUCAACUCUUGGUCAGUGAACUCGAUGGAUGCUAUGGUACAUACGGAUCAGAGUGACCUCGAAGAGACCGCACGUCGUUCUUGUCUCGUACCCCUUCAUGACGACAGAUGCUGCAGGGACAGCAGCAUUACAGGUCAUAUCGCCGCCUGUAAUGCUCUUACAAUGAUCGCGCAUUUGCUACGAGCGCCCGAAGGAGAGCGCAUGGAGCUACUGCGACAACAAUCUGAGUAUGACCGUUUGUUCAAUCACGGUGAUUCACCAUUUGUGUGUUGGAUCAACGACUUCGAAGUGAAAGCUGAGGAACGUCAGAGGGCACCCUCAGCCGAGUUCAUAGAAGUUCUUCUUGCGGCAAAGCUACACGACUGGCUGUCACACAACAGUUCCUUAGAUUACUCGCUAUCGCACGGGUCUCCUGAGCGUCGACUUCUUCUUCAUCGACUUUCAGAUCAUGGCAUCCUGGAUCAAACUUCUGUUCCGCCCUCGACCAUCUUCACCGUCGUAGAUGUCCUUCGAGCACUUGCUCGACGAGUCAACUUCAAUGCUUUGGUCGUAGUUGCAUCUCAAACCCAUCCGCCGGAUCCAGACGUCGGUGCUAACGUAGAGGAAACGUCCAUCCGCGAAACGAAGUCUGGCCGUACAUCCGGAUCGUCGGCGGAUCCCUCAGAUCAGGAACCCUUCGCAGAGGUUCCAGUAUCGCCCGUUGCCUCUCGCAUAUCUGCCGAGUUUAUGGGAGACACACCAUACAAUGUUCAGGAGCCGUUGUCCGCGCAGACGGGUGGAUCGUCUUCGCUAACCUCUGACGUUGUAAUCUCAUCCACGACCAUGAGCCCUGGGCCUGGAAGGAUCCUCUCCUACAGACCCGAAGAUGACCAGGAAGACUCAGACUUUGACACUCGGAAACGAAGAAAGUCGCCCCAACACGUGACGGAGCAGUAUGUUCAGCUUAUGGCAGAGUGGCAGCACUCGUUCGGUAGUCAAUGGGAGGAAAUGACCAUGCACGAGCGCUGGGAUCCGUUUGAAAAGAGGAUGAAGGAUCAUAUUGGACGCUCUGCGGCGGCUUGGCACUUGGCCUAUCAGCGCUGGAAGCAAGUUAUCAUGGAGAGGGUGAGAGAAAUUCAAGACAGGGAAGAAAAUAACCCUGGCGAGGCAACAGAGAACCAGGAUCAAAGUCCGUAG